UUGGACUUUGCACAGUCUAAGAAAGAUAGUCAAAAAACCGGUGUUAUUCCAUAGCAGUUGGAAUCAAUCUUUGAUUGAGUAAGGUAAUGGCAAUGAAAUUCUAUUACGAUUUGCUCUCGCAGCCCUGCAGGGCUUUGUACAUCGUCCUGCAAGCAUCGAAGAUACCGUACGAAGCUUGUCCAAUCCCAUUGAAAACAGGUAUGCACUUGAGUGAAUCAUUCGCGAAAGACGUAUCGAAAUUUCAAAAACUUCCCGUCAUACACGACAAAGAUUUCAGAUUAACGGAGAGUGUGGCGAUUUUGAAAUACUUGGCGAACGAAAAGAAUUUGUCAGAUAAAUUCUAUCCAAAGGAUAGCAAGAGUCAAGCCAGAGUCGACGAAUUUCUAUCAUGGCAACAUCACAACAUCCGUGGUUUCUGCACUGGUUAUUUCAGAAUGAAGUGGUUGAUGCCUUUAAUCACUGGACAACAAAGUUCUGAAAGACAUUUGAAAGGAUCCAAGCAAAAUAUGUCCGAUAAUUUGGAUUUGUUUGAAAGCCUCUGGUUAUCAGAUGAUAAAUUCAUCACAGGAGGAACACCGAAUGCGGCCGAUAUUUGGGCUGCUUGUGAAAUUGAACAAACUCGCAUUGCUGGUUACAAUCCUUGCGAAGGACGUCCGUAUUUGGAGGCUUGGCUGCAGAAAGUUAGAGAGGAACCGUUUUACAAGGAAGCACACACUAUUGUCGAAGCAAUUAUUUCCAAACAAUAAAUCUUCAUCAAAUGC